UGAACCCAAUCGAGUCGUCUCAAAAAGGUCAAUCUUCCGUUUUCUGCCUGGUCGAUCGAUUGGGAAAUUAAAUUAAGAUGGCUUUCAGGGCAACUAGCUUUUGGAAAUCAAUGCAGACCCGACCGGGGGGAAGCCGAUCCUUUGCAUCCUCAACCACUUCUGCUGAUAACCAUCGUUCCGGGAUCGCUAUGAAGGCGGAGUUUACUCCAAUUUACGUGGUGCUGGGACUGGUGGCUGUAGCAGUGAGUAUAGGGACGCACACGGCGAAGCAGCAGCUCAUGCAUUCCCCAACGGUUCACGUGAGCAAGAAGAGGAGAGAAUCCAUGCCGGAAGUGGAGGAUCCGGACCGUGUCAUUAGUUCCGCCGAUAAGUUUGUGAACAAGUCUUUCCUCAGGAAGGUGGCUCACAUCCAGGACAACAAGCCUACUCUCCCUGAUCCCAUCCGCCCCGACCCCUUUACCAGUCCUCGAAAUGCAGAGACCCUUAAAUCGGCUGGAGUGGAUCCUGCUCGCCACUGACUUCAAGCGCCAUAUAUAUAUAUAUAUCAUCGUCUUUCUUCCUCCAUCUAUAAACUUGUCUGACAUUUGUACAUACGGGCCC